UAAGGAAGGUGAUGGGCAUCAUUAUUUCUGAAAAUCAAACAGCUUUUAUUGGUGGCAGACAAAUAAUGGAUGGUAUUGUCAUAACAAAUGAGGUGAUUCACGACCUUAAAAGGAGGAAAAAAGAGGGACUAAUCUUUAAAGCUGACUUUGAGAAAGCAUACGACAAUGUGGAUUGGGAAUUUUUGGACUACAUGCUGUCCAAACUUGGAUUCAAUUUGAAAUGGAGGAGUUGGAUGAAGGAAUGUCUUUCCACAGCAUCAAUUUCAGUACUUGUAAAUGGCAGUCCAACGGAGGAGUUCAAUGCAGGAAAGGGGCUUCGUCAAGGGGAUCCACUCUCCCCAUUUCUGUUCCUUGUGGUGGCAGAAGCUCUUAGUGGCCUGAUUCGGAAGGCAGAAGAAAUUGGACUCCUAAAAGGUAUCCAAGUAGGCAGAGGCAAUUUGAGGCUCACUCAUUUACAAUUUGCUGACGAUACAAUCUUAUUUAGUGAAGCGAGUGAAGCUAAUGCAUGGGCAAUGAAAUGUGUGAUGGGGAGUUUCGAGAUGAUUUCUGGGUUAAAGGUUAAUUAUGACGAAAGUUGGCUGUGUGGGCUGAAUGUAGACAGUGAAAGAUUGGAAGACAUGGCAACCAUAAUGAACUGUUCAGUUAGCAAUAUCCCCUUCAAGUAUUUAGGGGUUCCAGUGGGAGCAAACACAAAUAGAAUUUCUACUUGGGCUCCAGUAAUUGAGUGUUUGAAAAGGAGGCUGAAUAGAUGGAGUGGGGUUUCACUAUCAUUUGGGGGGAGAAUUGUUCUUCUCAAGGCUGUGUUAUCCUGCCUACUCGUAUAUUUCUUCUCUGUGUAUAAGGCUCCAAAACAGGUACCAAACCUUCUCACCAAACUACAAUGUAAUUUUCUUUGGGGUAGGGGAGAGGGUGGUAGGAAUAUAGCGUGGAUUAAGUGGGAUGUGAUAUGCAAAUAUAGAGAGGAGGGUGGGUUAGGCGUUAGAAAUGUUGAAAGCUUUAAUAAGGCCCUCCUUGGAAAAUGGAAGUGGAGAGUGUUAAGGGAAAAGGAGGUACUGUGGAGGAGAGUCAUAUAUGAAUUGUACGGGAUUGAUGGUGGUAGGGGGUGGGGAGGGUGUGUGCAAAAUGAGAAAGGUUCAGUAUGGUGGAAAGAGUUAUGGAAAUUAGAGAGUGAACUUGUUUCUCCUAACAGGUGGUUAAGGGAAGGAAUUGGAAGAUACCAUUCAACUGGUGAGCAUCAACUGAGGAACAGAAGAUGUAUGGAUAUGGAAAUGGGACAACAGUGGACAAUACACCGUGAGGUUUCAGCUUUGGCAUGGAGAGCACUUCAUGACAGACUCCCAACAAAGAGUAAUCUGGCUAGGAGGGGUGUGAUUACAGAUGGUGGAGGAAUUCAAUGUAGUAACUGUUCAGAAAAGGAGGAAACGAUCAACCACUUGAUGUUUGAAUGCCCUCUAUCAUGGAAAGUGUGGACGUCCUGUUAUUCUUGGUGGGGCAUUUCGACUGCCAUAAAUGUGGACACUACUGCACAUUUUAAGCAACAUACAGGACUAAUUGACAGCAAAAAUAUUAAUCAGGCAUGGGCGGUGAUCUGGUUUGCUGCACUUUGGUCAAUAUGGUUGCAAAGGAAUCAAGUAAUUUUCAAGAGUAAUCAUGACAGCCUGGAGGAAAUGCUAGAGCUGAUAAAAUAUAUAGCAUUUUAUUGGAUAAGGGCAAUGCUACAACCUGAACUGUCAUUGGAUCUCUGGAAAUCCAAUCCGAGACUUGCUCUAAGAAUGAGGUUAUUUUUCCAACUUUGAACUGGAAUGGUAAAUUGGAAGUAUGACAAUUUAAUGUUGAGAUAGGUAAUGUUAGUGGUGCUAUGAAUGUAUAUGGGUUUGGGUACUCCUUGUACCAUAAUAAUAAAAUUUUUGGCUUAUA